CCCUUCCAAGAUGGCGACUCCCGUAGAGACACUCCCGAGGGGACAGCCAUGUUAGUUGCCUGACAAAGUCACUAAAGAACACUUGAAAGCCCGCCUCUCCUCCGACACGCGCACACGCGCUGGCACCUCGCGAGUGCACCCCGUGGGGUUGCGGGCGGCCGGCCGCUCCCAAGCUGACACUGAGCAUGUGCACGGGGAAGUCCAGACACGGAAGAGUCCCUCAGAGGUAGUUUCAACACUUAGGGGCCCGGGACGGAGUUUAACAGAGGCGGCACAGUUGGGCCAGUAAAGCAAUUGAUAUGAUUAUGAGGCUGUUACGACAUGGAUUUCGUAUGCAGUGAUGGUACUCUUUAGGGCCAGUGAUGAUGAGGCUUCUCUGAGGUCCCUAGGGAGGAGGGUUUCUUGGAGUCUCUGAGGAGCCCCUGGGCCAGACCCCGCAGUGAAGGCUGCAGGACCCACCUCCCGGCCCCAGCAGCUCCGAUUGAGUCCACAGGUGUCUACCUGGCUUCAAGCUCCUGGGAAGAGUGGAGUCGUCAGCAAGAGAGCCUGAGAGCCGAGGCCCGGCGGGAACAUGCCAGCUGACCAGAGUUCUCCCCGGUGGUCCUCGGUCCUGGCUCCAGAGGGGCAUGGCAGCUCGUGUGAGGUCUCCGUGUCAUUCGAGGAUGUGACCGUGAACUUCAGCAGGGAAGAGUGGCAGCAUUUGGACCCUGCUCAGAGACGCCUGUACCGGGAUGUGACACUGGAGAACUACAGCCACCUGCGCUCAGUGGGGUACCAGGUUCCCAAACCAGAGGUCAUCUUCAAAUUGGAGCAAGGAGAGGGGCCAUGGACAUUGGAGGGAGAAACCCCACAUCAGAGCUGUUCAGGUGAGGAUAUUGGGAAAGUACAACAACAGAGAAUUUCUGGAAAAGUUCCACUCCCCUGUGAGAAAUUUGGUCAAUCUAUAAGAAAAGCUCCAUUGUGUUCCAUUUUAGAAGAAUUGUGGCAAAAUAAUAGCGAGCUAGAGAGGUAUCCAGGAAGCCAAAAUAACCCUUUAAGUCCUGUGAAAGUGCUGAGCUGUGAAUGUAAAAAUAUUGAAAAAAUAAUUCACGUGAGUUCCAAGCUUGUUCCUUCAAUUAAAAGACUCCAUAACUAUGACACAUUUGGAAAGAGUUUGAAGCACACUUUAAACUUACAUAACCAUAAUAAAAGCAAUUCAACAAAGAACCUCGAUAAGAUUUUUGGAAAUGAUAACAAUUUUGCCCACAGCUCUUCCUCCCCCGAGAAUGCUGCCACAGGGGCAAAUGCCUGCAAAAUUAAUCAAUGUGAAAAGCAUCUUGGCAACAAACAAGUUCUCAUCCCCCAUCAGCAAAUUCAGACCGGAGAGCAACUUUAUGUUUGUACUGAGUGUGUAAAGAGCUUCCCCCAGAAGUCACAUCUCUUUGAGCAUCAGAGAAUGCAUGCUGAGGGAAAAUCCCAUGAAUGCAAUAAAAGUGAGAACGCCCUCACUCAGAAGCCGCAGAUUAAUGGACCUCAAAGUGUUUAUACAGGGGAUAAACCCUAUAUAUGUACUCAGUGUGGGAAGGCCUUUACUCUCAAGUCAAACCUCAUUACACAUCAGAAAAUUCAUACUGGGCAGAAACCGUAUAAGUGCAGUGAGUGUGGAAAAGCCUUUUUCCACAGAUCGUAUCUCUUUAGACAUAUGAGAAUUCAUACAGGAGAAAAACCCUACGAAUGUAGUGAAUGUGGAAGAGGCUUCUCCCAGAAUUCAGACCUUAAUAUACAUCAGAAGACUCAUACUGGAGAGAAACACUAUGCGUGCAGUGAAUGUGGGAAAGCCUUUACAAGAAAGUCCGCGCUCAGAAUGCAUCAGAGAAUCCACACAGGAGAGAAACCUUAUGUAUGCACUGAAUGUGGGAAGGCUUUCAUCCAGAAAUCACAUUUCAAUACACAUCAGAGAAUCCAUACCGGUGAAAAACCUUACGAAUGCAGUGAGUGUGGAAAAUCAUUCACUAAGAAGUCACAACUCCAUGUGCAUCAAAGAAUUCACACAGGAGAAAAACCCUAUAUAUGUACAGAAUGCGGAAAGGUCUUUACUCAUAGGACAAACCUCACUACACAUCAGAAGACUCAUACUGGAGAGAAACCCUACAUGUGUGCUGAAUGCGGAAAGGCUUUCAGUGACCAGUCAAAUCUCAUUAAACACCAGAAAACUCACACUGGAGAGAAACCCUAUAAAUGCAAUGGCUGUGGAAAAGCCUUUAUAUGGAAGUCACGCCUCAAAAUACAUCAGAAGUCUCAUAUCGGAGAGAGACACUAUGAAUGCAAUGAAUGUGGGAAAGCCUUUAUCCAGAAAUCAACACUAAGUGUGCAUCAGAGAAUCCACACAGGAGAGAAACCCUACGUUUGUCCUGAGUGUGGGAAGGCCUUCAUCCAGAAAUCACACUUCAUUGCACAUCACAGAAUUCAUACUGGAGAGAAGCCUUAUGAAUGCAGUGACUGUGGGAAGUGCUUUACUAAGAAGUCACAACUCCGUGUGCAUCAGAAAAUUCACACAGGGGAGAAGCCCAACAUAUGCGCUGAAUGUGGGAAGGCCUUCACUGACAGGUCAAAUCUGAUAACACACCAGAAAAUCCAUACCCGAGAGAAACCCUAUAAGUGCGGUGACUGUGGGAAAACCUUCACCUGGAAGUCCCGCCUCACCAUCCAUCAGAAAUCUCACACUGGAGAAAGGCACUAUGAAUGCAGUAAAUGUGGGAAAGCCUUCAUCCAGAAAGCAACGUUGAGCAUGCAUCAGAUCAUUCAUACAGGAAAGAAACCCUACGCUUGUACAGAAUGUCAGAAGGCCUUCACCGACAGAUCAAACCUCAUUAAACACCAGAAAACGCACAGUGGAGAAAAGCUAUAAAGGCACUGACGGCAAACGCCUUCAGCUGGACCUCACAACUUGGUACGCGUCAGAUGUCUCGUAGAUGGGAAGAGGAGUGACCGUGACACUACAGCUUCCGUGAACAGAAGGCAAGCAAAGCCAAGUACCCUUCAGUCAACGGGAAGUACAAGUACCUGCAUCGCCGCAAGCUGACGCGCAAUUAGACGCGUAGGGAGAUGCUUUGAUAAAGCAUUUGAGCAAUAGUCCUAUUUGGGUGCAUGAUUCAUCCACAGACCCUCAAGCUCCUACAAGCGGUACAAAUAGAGACCCCAGGAGAUGACUUGGAACCUGUUAUGUUUCACUUUUUGGAUGAAGGACUUGAUAAAUUCGGCACUGAUGAGUUCUUCGUCCCCCGGGGUGUAAAAGUACUCAAUAUUGGCCACUUCUUUUUCAGAUUCCUAGGGCGGGGAGAAGAGUUUUUAGAGCACCAAGGUCAAGGCAGAAAACUAUUUGGGAACGCAGGUCUGUGAGUAGAAGCCACAAGUUUUUGUGAUCGUUGACAUUUAAGACACACAAAAAAGAUUGCCAUGAGGAACUGUUCUGUCUCUUCCCUUCACCAUAGAAUUUAAAA